GGCUGAGGGCCUGAGGGGAGACUGCUGGCGGUGGGUGGCCCAGGACCGGGUGGAGGGACCCAGGACGCAGCGGGGGCUGCUCCUGUCAAGGUUCUGCCCUCACGAGGCCGAGCAUCUCCAAACAGGCCAGGCCCAGCCCCUCUCCCUGGCCACGCGGCCUAGUGCAGCUUUGGCAGCUCUGCGGACAUGGAUGUGUUCCAGAAGGUGGAGAAGAUUGGAGAGGGCACCUAUGGGGUGGUGUACAAGGCCAAGAACAAGGAGACCGGGCAGCUCGUGGCCCUCAAGAAGAUCAGGCUGGAUUUAAGCACCCCGCCCAGCUUCUCCCUGAACUGCUGCACCCCCCUCUCCAGGGAGACUGAGGGGGUCCCAAGCACUGCCAUCAGGGAGAUCUCCCUGCUCAAAGAGCUUAAGCACCCCAACAUCGUCAGGCUGCUGGACGUGGUUCACAGCGAGAAGAAGCUUUACCUGGUGUUUGAGUUCCUCAGCCAGGACCUGAAGAAGUACAUGGACUCCAUCCCGGCCUCCGAGCUCCCCCCGCACCUAAUCAAGAGUUACCUCUUCCAGCUGCUGCAGGGGGUGAACUUCUGCCACUCGCACCGGGUCAUCCAUCGAGACUUGAAGCCCCAGAAUCUGCUCAUCAGCGAGUUGGGGGCCAUCAAGCUGGCUGAUUUUGGACUGGCCCGAGCCUUUGGGGUGCCGCUGCGCUCCUACACCCAUGAGGUGGUGACACUCUGGUAUCGUGCCCCCGAGAUCCUCUUGGGCUGCCAGUUCUACUCCACAGCUGUGGAUAUCUGGAGCAUCGGUUGCAUUUUUGCAGAAAUGGUGACCCGCAGAGCCCUGUUUUCGGGUGACUCUGAGAUUGACCAACUCUUCCGUAUCUUUCGGACCCUGGGGACACCCAGUGAGGCCAUGUGGCCAGGAGUCACCCAGCUGCCUGACUAUAAGGGCAGUUUCCCCAAGUGGACCAGUAAGGAGCUGGAGGAGAUUGUGCCAAACCUGGAGCCAGAGGGCCAGGACCUGCUCUUGCAACUCUUGCAGUACGACCCCAGCCGGCGGAUCUCAGCCAAGGCCGCCCUGGCCCACCCGUACUUCUCGUCCACCCAGACUGCCUCGGCACCCCACCAGUGUGUGCUGGAGCGUCUCUGCCGCUGAGAACGUGCGAGGCCUACCGCCUCAAAACCCCUCUGCACCUGCUGCCCUGCGCCGCCUCCCCACUCACUCCCCAAGAAAGGGGAGCAAUUUGGCAUCAGCUGUCUGAGGACUGAGUUUAGGUUAGUCCUGCCAGCAGGCUAGCAUGUUCUGUGUUGUUUUCUGGGUUUGCCUUUUUAAGAUGGGGGCACAGAAGCCCCCUGCCCGAGAAGGUCAGUUAGAGGCGGGGUCCCUGGGCACCAGACUGGCAGGUGCCAAGGAGAGCAGAAAGCCUGCCCGGGCUGCCAGGAAGGCUCUCCUAGCACCCCUCGGCUGCCCCGCCCUCAGCUGCAGAGCAAGACCCCCAAGGAAAGGGUCCCCCCCCCCCAGCUGGUCUUUUUGGAUUUAAAAUGUUUUGAGGGAAGAGUUGAAUUCCAGUUAAGAGUCCCAAGUUAAAACAGGAGGUGGAGCGAGGGGGAGAGGCCUUUUUCCUGAUCCCAGGAGGAGGUCGGAUGUUCUAAGUAGCUGUCUCAUCACUGCGGAUAUGCUUAUGUUUGUAUGCCUCUGGCUUUAAGAACAGAAAGUAAAAGUGACGUAUUCCUGA